GUCUGUAUGGAAUUACCUGCGCCCGCGGUGAACUUGGCACCGGUGCAUGGAUGGGCAUCGCGUCCGCCGCGCUCGCCGCUAGCCCCGCCGGAGGAGUAAAAAACGUGGAUUCUCCGAAUACGCAUUGUGAUGACCGGCAAUUACCUUGCUGACUGAUCUCACGAGCGGAAUAUUUGGGAAGACUCUUGUGGGGAGUAGCCUUGGAGAGCCAGAAGAUGAAAGCUCCUAUUCCACACUUGAUUCUCUUGUAUGCUACUCUAACUCAUAGCUUGAAGGUUGUGACGAAAAGGGGAUCAGCUGAUGGAUGCACUGACUGGUCUGUGGAUUACAAAAAAUACCAAGUUCUAGUGGGAGAACCUGUUCGUAUAAAAUGUGCACUGUUUUAUGGAUAUAUUAGAGCUAAUUACUCCCUAGCCCAAAGUGCUGGACUCAGUUUGAUGUGGUACAAAAGCUCUGGACCUGGAGAUUUUGAGGAACCUAUAGCUUUUGAUGGAGCUAGAAUGAGCAAAGAAGAAGACUCCAUUUGGUUUCGGCCAACAGUGGUACAAGACAGUGGGCUUUACGCAUGCGUUAUAAGAAACUCCACUUACUGUAUGAAAGUGUCCAUUUCGCUGACGGUGGGUGAAAAUGACACUGGACUCUGCUACAAUUCAAAGAUGAAAUAUUUUGAAAAAGCUGAACUUAGCAAAAGCAAGGAAAUCUCAUGCCCUGAAAUAGAGGAUUUUUUAUUUCCAUUUAGGGAGCCUGAAAUUCUGUGGUAUAAGGAAUGCAAGUCAAAGACGUGGAGACCAAGUAUUGUAUUUAAAAAGGACACUCUUGUCAUUCGGGAAGUUAGAGAGGAUGACAUUGGAAAUUACACUUGUGAGUUAAAAUAUGGAAUCUUUGUUGUCAGAAGAACUACGGAGUUAACAGUUACAGCACCGCUAACAGAUAAACCACCAAAGCUUUUACAUCCUUUGGAGAGUAAGCUAACAGUUCAGGAAACCCAAUUAGGCGGUUCUGCUAAUCUAACCUGCCGAGCUUUCUUUGGAUAUAGUGGAGAUGUCAGUCCUUUAAUUUAUUGGAUGAAAGGAGAGAAGUUUAUUGAAGAUUUGGAUGAUAGUCGAGUCUGGGAAAGCGACAUCAGGGUUCUUAAGGAACAUCUUGGGGAACAGGAGGUUUCCAUCUCAUUAAUUCUUGACUCAGUGGAAGAAGGAGAUCUGGGGAAUUACUCAUGCUAUGUUGAAAACGGAAAUGGACGCCGACAUGCUAGUAUACUUCUACAUAAAAGGGAGCUGAUGUAUACAGUUGAGCUUGCUGGUGGGCUUGGUGCUAUUCUGCUGCUGCUUGUUUGUUUAGUGACUAUCUACAAGUGUUACAAGAUAGAGAUUAUGCUGUUCUACAGGAAUCAUUUUGGAGCUGAAGAACUAGAUGGAGACAACAAAGAUUACGAUGCAUAUCUAUCCUAUACCAAAGUGGAUCCUGACCAAUGGAAUCAAGAAACUGGAGAAGAAGAAAGAUUUGCUCUUGAGAUCCUACCGGAUAUGCUUGAAAAGCAUUAUGGAUACAAGUUGUUCAUACCAGAUAGAGAUUUGAUUCCCACAGGAACCUACAUUGAAGACGUGGCAAGAUGUGUAGACCAAAGCAAACGACUGAUCAUCGUCAUGACUCCAAAUUAUGUGGUAAGAAGAGGCUGGAGCAUCUUUGAACUGGAAACGAGGCUUCGGAACAUGUUAGUCACAGGCGAAAUUAAAGUGAUACUGAUUGAAUGCAGUGAACUACGGGGAAUUAUGAACUACCAGGAGGUCGAGGCCCUGAAACAUACCAUCAAGCUUCUCACUGUCAUUAAAUGGCAUGGGCCAAAAUGCAACAAGUUGAAUUCCAAAUUCUGGAAACGUUUACAGUACGAAAUGCCUUUUAAGAGGAUAGAACCCAUCACACACGAGCAGGUUUUAGAUGUCAGUGAGCAGGGGCCCUUUGGGGAACUUCAGACAGUCUCCGCAAUUUCCAUGGCUGCUGCCACCUCCACUGCUCUUGCCACUGCCCAUCCAGAUCUACGCUCCACCUUUCAUAACACAUAUCAUUCACAGAUGCGCCAGAAACACUAUUAUCGAAGCUAUGAAUAUGACGUACCUCCUGCCGGCACCCUGCCUCUUACCUCAAUAGGUAACCAGCAUACCUACUGCAACAUCCCUAUGACACUUAUAAAUGGGCAGCGGCCACAGACAAAAACUAACAGGGAGCAGAACCCGGAUGAGGCUCACACAAACAGUGCGAUACUGCCCCUCUUGCCACGGGAGACCAGUAUAUCCAGUGUCAUCUGGUGACAGAAAUGCAAGGGGACGUCAACCCCCUUGAGUAGGAGCAGAGUCUGCAGUCCGGUGCCUGGAACUACAUCCUCGACUGCUGCUGUUAAACAUGCAUUACAAUCGAUAACAUACGAGGAAAAACAGGGUCUUGUAUAUAUGUUUUUUGCAAUUUCUUUGUAGCAUCAGUCUUCCUGUUUUACCCAUGUCUCUUCCCAUUCACAUUUUCAACUUUGUUUUAUAUGUCAUUGGAAUUUGUAUAUUUACAUUUUUUUAAAUGGAGAGACUGCUGUAUAGAUAGGAAACUUUUUUGCUUCAUUAGCAUAGUUUCAGACUUUCGUUUUGUUUUGUUUUUAACCUCUCCUGGGAAUGCUUGGACAAAGCUAUGUUGAUACCAGACGCAACAUCCAUUUUGUUGGCCUGCCUAGCCUGAUACACGAAGGCCAUGCCUGCUGCAAUUCACCUGUUUUGAAGAAUAUUUGUUCUUAGAAGGACCCCGUCCCUCAGUGAGAGCUCCAGUUUCAUUUCUCCUCCCAUAAUGUGCUCCACUCCUUCCCUGCCCUUGCAACGGCCCCAUUUGGGUAACACUGCAGUCUGAUCGUCUAACAUUUAACCUGGUAGCUACUCGUCAAACACCAGAAUAUACCCAGUCUGUAUCAGUUUCUUCACAGUAGUCACUACAGAGUGUGUAGAAACUAGAGAUGGUUUGGUUUUUUGUUUCUCGGGGGCGGGGGCAUUGCUUUGUUUUAAGAAUGGGUUGACUGUAUCCCUUUUAUAAAUACAAAAGCGAACCAUAAUUUUAACUCUUCCUGGAAAAGUAUUAAUGUGGUUGCAGAUUUUAUUUUUAGGCAUUUGACAUUUUCUCUCUCUCCCUCCAAAUUUCUGCAAAUAAGAUUAUUAUCAAUUGUCAGGCAAAUAAGGUGUUAGGCACUGAAGUACACUGAGUCCUGCUGAUAUUUACAGUGAUGACUUCCAAACCAAAGCGGAAUGAAAGGACAAUAUCAUAGAUGGCUUGUCACUUUGUAUUAUAGAAAGUGUUAUUUUCUAAACAAGCAAGGGCAAAACAUUAUUAGAGUCCCCCUGUAUUUUAAUGUUUCACAAACUGUAUUUUCUUUAAAAUGAUAUAUUGAGGAUUAAGAAAUCUUCUUUCAUUUGAUUUCAGCUUAUAAUGACAAGUAAAACUGUAUUAAUUUCAAUAUGAUUUCAGUAAGAACUCAGGCAGAAAAAACCACAACAUGAAUACCAAUAAAUAUCAUUGUUUUAAGAAUAAACAUUAUUUAUACAAAAUUAAUAUUUAAAUCAGACCUGGAAGUAUUGAAAACAAUUUAUUCACUUUAAUGAAAAAAGAAAUUAGUUUUAUUUUUAAUGUAUGAUUCCAUCUUUGAGGAGUUGCAAAUUACGUGUGUACCCAGGCUGCUAGGGAAUUGAAAAAAAAACACUACAUUUACAACUGCAUUUCUUUAAGACAAAUGAAAUAAGCCUCUUACCCAUACUUAUCUUUUAAAUAAUGGAAAAGUCCUUUCUGGUUUUAGAAAGAGUAAAGAGAAGAAACUGUAUAUUUUAUAACUCUAAAAUGUAUUCAGGCCAAAUUUUCUGCUAGUCUCUGAGAGCUGGGGCAGUUCCUGGUUGCAGCACACUGAUGUAUCGUCGUGGGUUUCAUUUACUCUGGCAGAAAUGUUACUGUAAUACUGGAAAAGCAGAUCUUACAGUCUAUUUCAGUAAUUAAUUGACUUUAGCUAUUUUUAUGGUAGCUGACUUGUAUUGGCCAAUAUAAUGGAUGCGUGGGGUUUGUUCAUGAGAAAAGUACAGGUCACAAUGAGAAAAGUACAGCUUAUUAUAUUUUGGUCCUAUUAAUGAGAAGUGAUGGGUAGAGAGCGGGGAAACUGCAGUUUGGGGAUGUUUGUGGGAGCAAUCCAGAACUGACAGUGUGGGAGGAAAUGGCUAUGAUCCUGUUGUGAAAGUCAAGAAAUCUCAGUAUCUGCAUAACAAGCUAAUGGAGCUUGGGGAUGUGCACUGAUUUUUAUUUGCUUAAAAAUGUUUAUUUUUCUGACAAUUCGCUGGAGUCCUUUUCUACAGUCUGUUCAUUACAGUGUCUCCUUCUGGACAUGUGCCAAAUGUCCACAAGAUGGAAAUGAAGCUGCCAGGCCAGAUAAAAUUUUAAGACAGCUUUGCACAUUUGGUUAUUUUCAUACUCUAAGAAAGCUAUUAUUUACUUGCUAUUAUAGACAGCUGUCAGGCACUGAUGGCAUUUUCCUUCAUUCAACUGGAUGCCAAAUACCCCGGUUCCCUCUAAAAGCAAUGCAUUAUUCUCCCCCUUUUCCCUCCCCCUUACAUGCCCUGGGGUAAAGACUGGGAUGUGGAAUAAAUGUAGAAUGCAACAAUCCGACCGCAGUCACACUCAAACCAUUGGUAGGUGUUUCUUUAGCCACAUCGGGAGUACUUUUCUGUUGCUCUAUUUUUAGUGUAGGUUUAAGCACUUUGAAUAGCAUGAUUCAGGGAUUGAUGGGUACUAUUUGAUAUUCACAUUACUUAAAAAAAGUUUUUCUUAUAAUGUUUUGUCAUAAUAUUAAACAAAAGAAAAAUAAAAAACAAAAAAAACACAAAAAAAACCAAAAUCUGAAAUAAAUGGAGAAGCUGUCUAUGGCUUUAGAAACAUUCCUCCUUAGUAUUCCUCCUCUAUGAACAACUCUGUGUGGGAAGCAGUGAAGGAAACUGUUGUGUGUUCACGUGCUCUAUGUUUGACAAAAGUUCUGUUGGAACGCAAAAUAAAAUGAAAAAAAAAAAACAAACUGUCAUUGCCCUAGUGCUUAGGCUCCAUCCUUUUCUGGUGAAGGUGUUCUAGUUUUUGACAAUGCAGACUGAAGCGUGCAUGCAAUAGCCACAUGUAAGGUUUAGCCAUAAACAAAUAGCACUUUAUUUUUAAGACUGUACAGUGUAAUGAUUGGAAAGACUUACUCUGCCAGGUCAAUAACUUCGGGUCUCUAUGAGGAUUCUAUGCACAUGAAUUAUCCAAGUGUGGUGCUUUGUCUUUAUAAGGCUCUCUCUUAUCAGGGUAAUCCUUGAUAUAAAACUAAAGGACUCUGUUGCACAACCUAUGGAAAUUCAGUAUACAGGUCCUCCAGACAGCAUGUACAGCUGGACAGAAAUGCGGGACCGUACAGUGUGCAACUAAUUAGUCUGAAGGCAGAUUGCAUUGCUGGGUCUGAUUCUGUUCUCAGUUGCAACAGCAUAAAUUGAGAGUAAAUCUAAUAAAGCUGAACAAAUGUAAGAUUGAUUUGUGUGAGAGAAGAAAAUUAGAAAAGCAAACAGAAAAGGAACUCACAGUGGCAGCCUAUGACAGGCUGAAAUCUUGACCACAAUGAAAGAAGUAGGAAAAUGUCUGUUGAAUUUUAGUAGGGACCCAGUCCUCACCUGGUGGCCAAUGUCAAACGCUUCAGUAUCAUUUUUUUCAACAUGAUCCGGUUUCAAGCUAAACACAGUUAGCCUUAGAUGAAAACUUAUAUUUUUCUAUUAGUGCACAGCUUGUGUGUAUGUUACAGACUGAGCGAAAUCAGCUUCAAGAUAAUUAGAAAGCUUGUUAUACCCGUCUGAUUAAAAUUCACAAAGUUUUACUUGAAUAUGGUGCAUUAAUGACACAUUUAAAUUAUCAAUAGAGCAAUGAGAUUUGGGAAAAAACUGUCCUGGUAAACAGGCUUCCUUUAUUCUUUCUGAAAGAAAAGAAGAGAAAAGAAAAA